UUUAGGUCAUCAUAAGCUUGGCAGCCUCAUCCAGGGAGCCAAAAUGCCCAAGGUCGCGUACGGUCUCUUCGAGUAUUUUUCUACUGUCGGUCUGCCGACUGUUUUGAUAUUUGUGGCAGGGUUGUUGUUAAGUCUGUGGAUUCUGUCGUCGAGGAAUCCGCGGGUGAAAUGGCCGCCCGGGCCUCUCUGUUUCCCCGUGGUGGGAUGUCUCCCACAGCUGAUAAUCAGCGGAAGGAGAAGACAACCGACAGAUCUUCUUCCAUGGUAUGAUACAUACGGAGAUAUCAUGCACGUCAAAUUUGGUGAGCAGCAUGUGAUAAUGCUGGGGACUUAUGAGCUGAUCCAAGAGGCUUUCGUGAAGAAUGCAGCCACAGUCAGUGCUAGACCUACGUGGAUAUAUUUCCUAAGACAAACAGUUGGAAAGGACGGGGCUGGAGUUAUAUUUAAAUCCGGGCACGAAUGGAAAGAGCUGAGGAGAUUCACGCUCUCGUCUCUUCGAGAUCUCGGCCUCGGGAGAAGAAGUUUAGAAGAAAGAAUUCAGGACGAGGCUCGAUACUUGGUGCAAAACAUUGAAGAUGAAAUGGGAAAGGCUUUCUCUCCCAGAGACAGGAUUGGAAAAGCUGUCAGCAACAUUAUUUCAAUCAUUGUGUUUGGAGCUAGAUAUGACUAUAAUGACACCCCAGAAAUGCUGCCAGUUUUGGAGCAAGCCAUGAGAAUUGGCCAAGGGCCUCUGUUCUUUACCAACAUGGCGCGUUUCUUGUUGCCGAUAAAGAAGAUAAUGGCUCUCAUUGACAAGCUAUAUAGUUUGAUACGACAAGAAGUCGAACGACACCGCCAGUCUUUUGAUCCAACUGACAUCCGGGACUUUAUUGACCUCUUCAUAAAGGUCACCCAAGAGAAGCAAGAUCCCGAGAUCUACACAGAAUGGAACGUAUUCCGCAUCAUUGUUGAUCUAUAUUUGGCUGGAACUGACACAACAGCAAAUACUUUGAGAUGGUCCCUGGUUCAUUUAAUGAAACGGUCGGACGUUCAGAAGAAGGUGCAGCAGGAAAUUGAUCAGGUCAUAGGUCAAGGUCGUGUUGCCAAGAUGGAAGACAAGGCCAGGAUGCCGUUCACUGAAGCAACCAUCUUGGAGGUCUUUCGUAUGUCCCCCGUUGCUCCGCUGGGUGCGCCCCAUGCCACCAGUGAAACAACCAACUUGGCCGGAUACACCAUUCCCAAGGGCACCAUAAUACUGGGAGAUUUGUACCGGGUUCUCCACGAUAAGAAUAACUUCGAGGAUCCUUACAAGUUUAAACCAGAAAGAUGGCUGGAUGAUGAUGGUAAAGUGAUCAAGUCGGACAAAUUGAUACCGUUUUCCAUAGGACCCCGUGUUUGCCUGGGCAAGGGUCUGGCUGAAAUGGAAUCGUUCAUUUUCUUCACCACGUUGCUUCAGAAUUUUACCUUCAAGGUACCAGAGGGCGAGAAACCACCCGAUGGAGUGGAGGGUUUUAACGCGUCCACUUUCACACCAUACAGCUACAACGUGUGCGCCGUGAGACGUUAAAAUGAAGAAAACGGGCCAAAACGAGAAAGCGCCGUUUAUUGUGCUAUACACUUGUUUAUUGUUUAUUUUCUUCUGACAAAACAUUUUACACGCCACUUUAAAGGGCUGCUUUACAACUGCUUAUGCCUAUCAUCUAUGCAAUAAUUUCGAACUCAAAGUCAAAAUGCGGUUGAGACCCUGCUUGUGAUU